AUGCCUGGUGCUAUAGUUCCAUUUUGCAGGCGCUGUGGGAUUGAGUUAAGUCCUGCAGGCUCACUCCGGAUUACAUUCUUUAGAACAAGAGCUAUCACAGAGAAGUCUCUAACUGGAGGUGAGGCCAGGCGAACUGUCUUUGUCCCUGGGACUGCCAGUGUGUUGCAACUUAAGAGAUUCACCCUUCGUCACUCAGACGUGGCUCACUGUGGACCAGCCUUUGCAGUUCCCUCCUGUGCCUCUGCUCCAGUUGUUGGCUUUGGAUCAGCAGGCCUCGGCUACGGUGGCCUCCACUCUGGCAUAUUAGUCAGAGCUGGGUCUCCAUCCUUUGCAGUCCCCUUCAUAGCCUCUGCUCCAGCCGUCGGCUUUGGAUCAGCAAGUCUUGGCCAUAACAUUGGGGCACCCUCCGCUAGCCUUGGCGUUAUCUUCACGGUCAACCCUUCCUGCAUCAACCAGAUUCCGCCCGCCAAAGUCAUGAUCCAGCCACCUCCCGUGGUCAUGACCCUCCCAGGACCCAUCCUCUCUGCUACCGGGGAACCAGUGGCUGUGGGAGGCAGCACUUCAUGUAACGUUAGUUAUGGUGGGCCUGGCAAAGUGGUUUCUGGAGCUAGCUUUGGUUCUCUUGAAGGUAGUUUUGGAGGCCGUUUGGGGAGCACCUUGGAUAGUCUCAUCCUGGGCCACAGAGGCAGUUGCUCUCCCUGCAAUUGA